AUGGGGGGCACCCUGAUAGUUACAUGGAUACUGCUCUGCCAUUGUGUGUGUGGGUGUGUGUGUGUGUGUGUGGUUCUUGAAUGGCUCUCUGUCUUUGAUUUUUCAGACUUCCUCUGCAUCUGGAAUACCAAUUUCCAGACGCUCCAGGCAGGGAAAGAGAUGGCGGGUAAAAUCUACGGACAGCUGUGGAGUUAUUCAAACAAGUUGUUCAUCCCACACGGGAAAACGCUCUCUGUUAUUCCAUAUGAGUGCCCCAAAUCUAACCUGGCCUCUGCUCUGGGAAAACUAAGGCAGGUCAAGACUGAAGAGUCCAAAGCUCCCACUUCUGUACCGUCUUGGAAUAACAUUCUGCAUGAAGAGAAAGCUCAUCCCUCCCGGACAGUGGAGACCAGGAAGACGAGAACAACCCGUAAGAGCCAGGCAGCACCUACUUUCACAAAUGAGCAAGUUCUGGAGCUCAUCAAGACGGCAUCAGUAGAAGAGGUCCAGAAAGAGGUGGAAGUGCUCCUCUCAAGGACAGACAUCCAGGACCUGCAGCCCUCAGUGGGACAGCUAGCAUCAACUCUUGUGUCCCGGAGUCUUGAAGAUCCAGCCUUCUACACCCCCAGCAGCCUGGCACAGCUGGUGCACACUCGCUGCCUCUGCCACAGUGUGUGUCCUGACCUUGUGCUUCUGGCCCUGGAGAGGAAGGACUACUUUCUGUGUCAGCUCUGCCUGCAGUUCUUCCCUGACAUCCCCGAGGCUAUCACCUGUGCCUGCCUGAAGGCCUUUAUCAGUAUGCCAGACGUCGAUGCAGAGAAAGUGAGCCUGGAGCCUGACAGUGUCUCCUUCAUGGAAACUCUAAUGGCCAGAGAGCGUGGGCCGGCUGCUUUGCAGAAUGGUUUCAGCCCCACCUUGGUUGACAUGGAGCAUUCAGACAGCGUCAGUGGAGGUGGCACCAGAGCGGAAGACAAAGAAAAGACCUCGACUUCAACAGAACAAAUCUGUCCAGUGGGGUUACACAAAGCUGUUCUACUAAAUGAGGUCCUGCAGACGGCGUACAGCGACUCUUUCCUCCUCCCACACCUGAAAGAUCUUACCUCCCAGCAGGUUGUUCUUUUCCUCCAGUACCUGCAGUUCCUCUACCUAAAAUAUUCCCAGGAUGCUUUCCCACAAAUGCACGGAUUGAGAUCACCAAGUCUAACUCAGAUCAUGGAUUGGGUAUGCUUGCUGCUUGACGCCCACUUCACAGUGCUCGUGAUGACUCCAGAGGCCAAAGGCUUACUGCUGAACCUGCACAAAUUUGUUAAGUCUCAGGUGAGACUGGUUUCUGAGCUUGGAAAGAUUGAGGGAAGCCUUCAAGAGCUCAAUAAGAUGAAGACAAAGAAGGAUGUCGGGCAAUACUCUAUUGAAGUCAUUGAGCUGUUUUAGAACGUGUAUACUUUUAAUAAAUCAUUGAAUAUAUUGUGUCAUUUCAGUUUUAAACGUGUAGUGGUUUCAUGGUAAUGUAUUUGUCCCAAAUGGAACAGUACGAAUUGCUCUUGGGCACAGAUGUUACGCAUUAAGAUGCAUACACAUCAAGAUGCAUAUGAGUAGUUGGUGUAACUUAGGCAUUGAAGAGGUUACAGAAGCCUUUGAACUCUGUAAAUGUGUUUAAGGUUAUGAAAAAUUGUUUUUUUGUCAUGCAAACUAUAUUAACAGAAUAGUCAGUCUGCUCAAUGUCAUACUGAUUAAUAGCGAGUGUGUUAAAUGCAUACAAAUGCAAUGCAAGUUUUAAUAGAGCAGUCAUAUUAUGGGGCUCCACACAUUUGAGAGUGAAUGGCUGUUUCUGUCAGCUGUGACUUUGUACUGGAUUUUCAACAGGAGAGCAUUUUAUUUUCAAUACAGAUAAUUAUGAGAAAACUGCAAA